AUGCGUCCAAAAAGCGUGCUUGAUACGACAAAGAAUGAAAUAUCCUGGGACGGUGCAUCACUGAAUGCUUUAGAAUCGUUCCCUUCUGGGAUUCCUACAUUCUAUGACGGGGAUCUCAUCCAAAGGAACCUACGGCUCUUCAAGACCGCCCUGAGCAAAGGGAAAUCAUGGCAGUCCCUAAACACGAAGAGGGAGUUGGUCUGCGUGUACUGGAGAAAAGUCAUCGAGAAGUACUCUGCUCAACAACUGUCUGAGGAGGGAGACACGCUACUUGCUUUGUCUGUUAUUGCAAAGAAGACGAUCAGUAUCAUCGGAGAUGAGUUAGUCUUUGGCAUGCGGAAGUCGUUCCUAUGGCGAGAGCUUCUCUGGUGGGUGAAGGAUCCGGACAACACCAUAACCGGCGAGAUCUACAGUUCGGUCAGCUGGCUUUGGAUAUCUCUUCAUGGUGCUAUCUCGUUUGAACUAGCGGAUGAUUUAGAAGACUGCAUCAUCGACCCAUGCAUUGAGGUUUUAGACGUCAAUAUCUGGUCGAUUGAUUCGGAGGACUCGUCUGAGCCAGAUUCGCCAUCCUACGAUGAGGCAACAAGAAGUGCCGCGCCUCACAUUAGGGAGUUGACGCUUAAGGAUAGACUGAUACCGCUGCUGCCUUAUUUAGCAAGGCUAAGUGAUGAUGGCAACCAAACAUCAUCUCCCAUAGUGCUCUCAAAGUGGCGAGAGGAUAUCGAGGGUAUUGACGUUGAGGAGUGA